UGGAGCUUAAAUUUAUCUCAUCGGCAGCGCUCCAACUAUCUCUCAAAAAAGACACCGAAUAUCUGUUGCAUGCAAAUCGCGAAAUUGAAUGCUGAACCACUGCAUGAUAAUCCAAUUAGCCUAAUUGCCACUUUCUCAUCUCAUCAAAUCACUGUAACUUCACUCUUCGCUUGACACAUCUGAUUUUAUUCUCUAUGUUGAGGCCUUGAGGAUAACAUAAGUGUGCAUGUUUGCAGAGCUCUACUUAUACUCCUGCAUUUGGUGAAAGCACAGUAAGUUGGUUUUACACUAGAUUUUCACUUUGAAAGCACAGUAAGUUGGUUUUACACUAGAUUUUCCCUUUGUCCCUAGUAGCAUAUAGGCACAAAUGGCCACUGUAUGUAUUUGCAUUGGCUUCUUGGUAGUUGGUCUUUCUGAGUAGGUUUUUGAGGUUGCAUUUUCCUUGCACAACCGCUUAGUGGAUAAGUCCAUUCUAUACAGCCAAUUGAAUUGUGUUAUUGUUUCUUCGACACUUAGGUUUGAGGGUGGACUUAGGUGCUUAAGUCAUCGCACUCAUUCUAUCUGCUACUUCAAUCUAUUUUUGGAGGUCUUAUGGAUGCUCCUUCCAACAGUCCACAUCUAUGGAAACCAGGAAGCCGAGCGGUUGUUUCUGAUUUUGGUACAUUAGAACCUGGUAGUGCUUUUGAAGAAGCCCUUUUGCAUAGAAUAGAAUUCAAUGAAACGAAGGAUGUCAGUGCACCAUCGAGCACUAUGGACAUAAUGCCAUCUACUGUUCUGCUACGGAGAUUUAAGGUGUUUCUGUUUCUCAUCUGGGGUGUUAGUUGUUGCAAGAUUAGCUGGGAUUCAGUCAUGAGGAUGAGUGUAAACCUCCGUGAUCUGUUCCUGUAUGAGGCUUUUCUUUAUUACAAUCCUUUGCUACUUGUGACCUUAAUGAUUUGGUUUUGGGGCAUGAACCUAUGGGUUUUUGCACAGGCUAAUGUUGACUUUCCUAGAAUUUUUUACCUCGAUCUAAAUCAUCUCACUCACAGAGAGAUAUGGAAGUGUGCUACCUGGAUGACCAUCGUCGUGCCAACUAGCAUGACAACCUAUCUGUAUCUCUACUCAAAUGGAGAAGUUACGUUGGCUGCAUCUCAACCAGUGCUUCUAUAUGCUGCUUUCACCAUGGCUCUGAUAUUUCCCUUUGAUAUUUUCUAUUUAUCAUCUCGCUACUUUUUGUUAAGAACACUUUGGAGGAUAGCUUUUCCGCUGCAGGCAAUAGCGUUUGCUGACUUCUUCCUGGCUGAUAUAUUAACUUCCAUGUCAAAGGUAUUUUCAGAUUUGGAGCGUUCAGUUUGUAGAAUGGUUCAUCGACAGGUUGCUACCAUUGCAUGGUUUGAAGCUGACUCUGUUUGUGGCAGUCACUCUGUCGCAAUUCCCAUAGUUCUUGGAUUGCCUUACCUUUUUCGUCUGUUUCAAUGUCUUCGGCAAUACAAGGAUACUAGAGAUAGGACUACCCUGUUCAACGCUUUAAAAUAUUCAACAGCAGUACCAGUGAUAUUUCUCUCAGCCCUUAAGUAUCACGUCUUCCCUGACAACUGGAUUAACCUUUAUAGGCCUUUGUGGCUUCUCUCCGCCGUUGUGAACUGUCUCUAUUCAUUUUAUUGGGAUCUGACAAGAGAUUGGGACUUAAGUUGUUUCACUCGGGUUUUCAAGUUCAGCAGACCACAUAUGCUAUCACACAUGUUGUACGGACGCAAAUGGGUGUACUUUUGGGUGAUCGGAAGCAACCUAAUAUUGCGAUGCACAUGGACAUACAAGCUGUCUGCCCAUCUCCGACACAAUUACCUCACAGUGUUCGCGAUAACUGCUCUAGAGAUCUUCCGUCGUUUCCAGUGGGCUUUCUUCCGUGUCGAAAAUGAGUGGAAUAAGAUAACCACCAAAUCAAAUAGUCAAUUCUCCAUGGGUGAUGUCCCCAAAGAAGAAGAAGAAUUACUCAACUCCACUGGUCACAAUGUAUAGUCUUCCCAACAUUGUACAUCCCGCCACCAUCAUAUGGAUCCAUUUUAACACAUUUGCAAAUAGGAAUUUCUUCUCGAUAGUAUAGGAUGCCAUACAAGGUUAAGAAGGGUAAAUAGCUAACAUAAAGAUAUAUACAAAAUUAGGCAGAAUAACUGUUCAUGCCCCUAAACAUGACACGUUUUAUUUAGUGCACGCCUCAAUUAUUCUUUGGUCC